AUUUCCUUAAAUCUCUUGGUGAGUCUGUGUCAGCUGUCGCUAGAGUCCAACAUCAACAAUAAUUGUCACCUGUCAACAAGUACUAACAAAUACUCAUUCACUGCCCCCAACCGUAAUUAUCUGUCCGAUAGUAGAUAAAUAAAUCUAAAAACCAUGUUACGAAAUGGAGAAUCCAAAGAAUCGAGAGACCGCGAAAGAACAAAGCAGAUUAUAUUAAAAAAGCGAUGAGUCAAAAUAAGUCUAAAUCAUUUGGAUUUUUUAGUAACCGAAAGCAAAAAAAGUGUUUGAUAUCCGGUAAAAAUAGAGGUAUCCAAAACCAAAAGUUUGGUGCAACAAAAGAUGUUGGGUGUGAGUCAACCAAGCAAUCCGCCAUCAAGUUUAAGACACUCAGCAAGCUUUUCGUGUCUUCAGCGUACGUCAGGUGACGGAGCUCAUCGUGCUAGAACGUCAACUCUUCCCCAGCAACCAAAUCUCCAAUUGUCAAUAGUCCAACAUCACUAUGCUGGUCCGAGUUCCCUUCAACCCUCCUCCUCAUCAUCAUCAUCAUCUUUCUCACGCCGUUUAGAAAUAGAUUAUCUACCAGAAAGCAACGAGUAUGGUUUUGUUCACAACACGCGACCAAGAUUAAGAAGCACUAAUUCUACAGUAUUGGGGGAGGAACACGAUCACCACUGCCAGAAACAACAACAACAGCAUCAAUUGUUUACCCGCGAUUCUGUUGGUAUUUAUGACGAGUCUGCCAAAGUAAAGAAUCGCGAGCUUAUAGAGUCAUCAAAGUCACGCGAAAUUGCCAAGAAUCAGAAUCCCUUAAAGGGAGCGUUAAUUCUUUUCACCAAUUCUACUUCGUCUUGGUGGAAAGCCAAGCAGCGGGAAGAGCUCUCAGCCACUUCCCUUGUUACUCCCUCCUUGUCCUCAUCGUGUGCAACUGAAGGAAGGAAGUGGUCAAACGAGGGAGCAGCUAUGACACCUCCAUCAACUUUGUCUGAGAGAAAGUGGCUCGGUCCAUCUGGUUCAAUACCUGGGAGUGAACGCAAGUGGUCCUGCAAUUCGAUUGUCGCCUCACCAGGGAAUGAAAGGAAGUGGACGACUGCCUCGAUAUCGCCAACCUCAAAUGGACAGGAUCGAAAGUGGCGAUCACUCGGAGCACUUCUCAGGACACCGGUCACUAAUUCAAUGGGUUCGCAUGUGAGUCAAAACUCGUUUAGUCAGAAUAUGAGUGCUUCCAUGAUUGAAAAUAGCGCAAGUGAGAGUUUCAGAGAGUGUUCAACUGUUGGUCCAACUGCUAAAACACUGAGAUAUCCUCAGCCUACCUCCUAUUCGGCACGAGUGUCCAAAACCACCAGGGACACUUAUCGUGACAGCAGUGAUUACUCGCAGGCAAGAUCAACGAAAGUCAGUCGGAGGCUUUAUCAAGAUUCUAUCGAGGCGACUGAGAGUGCCGGUGAAGAGCAGAGACGGAAAACCAGAUCUGAAGACGAAUCCACUCGAAAUAAAUCCACUCGUGAUAUGUCUAAGUGCGACAGAAUACAAACUAUUGAAGCACGGGCAACAUCCACGCGUUCCGGGCGUGCCCAGAGUUUUUAUUUACUUGAUGAUUUUUUAAAACCACAUCCCCAAUCGAAAUGCUCAUUUAACCUUCACUUACCUUCACAUUACUCAUCGAAAGUUAGUACUGAACGCAACAGCAAGUCCAGUGAUAACAAACAACCAUGUACUAACGGGACGAGAAACUUUAGCAACAUUACACCACCAAGACGGCAUAACUCUAGUUCAGACAGUCUUGAGGUUGCUACCAGUCCUCUUCCACCUCCGGUUCCACCACCACCGCCUCCAGAGGUCAAUACCAUCAAAGAUAAAGAUAAGCUUGAAAUUAGCAAAGAACGUGAAUCUUGUCCUUGCAGAAUGUGUUGGGCUAGCUUUCAGCAAAAGACUUUUCAUGAUGAGGUGAGUAGGAGAUCGAAAGAACGUGCGUCUAUCCACCAAGAUAAAGGGAGGAGUCCUGGAACGCUCCAUAAGGAUGUCGGGGCUGGUGGAACAAAAGUUAGCGGCAAACCCGUCAGUGGAGUGGGUUCUGCAACCCUCACAGCACUAUCAUCUAUUAACACGUCCAAUGGAAAUCGGAACAAAAACAAUCCCAUUGCACACGAGAAACUACCGUCACUCAGCAAUAGCAAAACAUCGCGGGAUACAACUGACAACAACAAUGGAAACCACUCCGCGUCUAACAAUAUCCACAACAAUGUACCCCUGCAUGAUCCACUUAACACGAGUGUCCAUGUUGACGCCUACGGACGUAGAUUACCCAUGACACCACAAGAAGCAACCAAAUACUACGGCUCACGACUGACUGAGUACGAGCGUACUGAAAUUGAAAAGUACUCGGAAAUUUGGUACUUAGGACUAUCAGCGUGUAAAAUUCACGGCGAAGAUGGUGCCGAAAAUAGUGGAUAUGAUGAUGAUACGGGAAGUUACCACAAAAUUCCUCAUGAUCAUAUAUCAUACAGAUAUGAAAUAUUAGAGGUAAUAGGAAAAGGAAGUUUCGGCCAAGUUAUUCGAGCAUUAGAUCAUAAAACCGGUCAGCAUAUCGCCAUCAAGAUAAUCAGAAAUAAAAAGAGAUUCCAUCAUCAAGCGCUUAUUGAAGUGAGGAUCUUAGAUCAUCUAAGGAAAAAAGAUCUUGACGCUGAUUCCCAACACAAUGUGAUACACAUGCUGGAGUACUUUUACUUCAGAAACCAUUUGUGCAUUAGUUUCGAACUCAUGAGCUUGAAUCUUUACGAGUUGAUCAAGAAGAACAACUAUCAGGGAUUCAGUCUGAGCUUAAUUCGUCGUUUCGCCAACUCACUCAUAAACUGCCUGAGAUUGCUGCACCGUGAGAACAUUAUCCACUGCGAUUUAAAGCCGGAAAACGUUCUCUUGAAGCAGCGUGGCAGCAGUUCAAUAAAAGUAAUAGACUUUGGUUCAUCUUGCUACAGUCAUCAGCGUGUUUACACGUACAUCCAAUCAAGAUUUUAUCGAAGUCCUGAAGUGAUUCUUGGAUUACCAUACGGUACUCCAAUAGACAUGUGGAGUCUGGGCUGUAUUCUCGCAGAAUUACACACCGGAUAUCCCCUUUUUCCUGGGGAGAAUGAAAUCGAGCAGCUCGCAUGUAUCAUGGAAGUAUUGGGACCGCCGCCAGAAUCGUUAAUCUCGCACGCCACUCGUCGUAGACUAUUUUUCGAUUCCAAGGGCAAUCCACGGUGUAUAGUUAAUAGCAAAGGAAGAAAAAGAAGGCCUGGUAAUAAGAAUGUUGCAAUCGCACUCAGAUCUAAUGACGCGCUCUUCAUCGAUUUUGUUAGUAGAUGCCUCGAAUGGGAUCCAAAAGAACGAAUGACACCGGAUGAAGCGAUGCGUCACAAGUGGCUCAAUACAUCCUCAUCUUCGCACUUGAGUACAUCGUCGUCGGUUGUGAGUUCUAUGAUUAAUUCAACGAUAGAGCCAAAUCAAACAAGUCACAGUCAAUCAGUCUCGGUGAGUGCACCUCGACAACGUGCAAUAACGCUAGAGGAUGAACAGCAGCAGUAUAGUUUAUAUAGGCUGUACAGAGGUAGAAAGUGCGUAUCAAAAAUUACGGCUAUUGAUAAUACAGACAAUAACACACUUGCGGUUAAAAGUAAACUUAACGGUAGUGCAAGUAGUCAUGCUUUAGCAAGUGGAACUCAACCAGCUGCCUCGAGACACGCGUCAACUGGUGACAUUGUUGCAAGUCUAGAUCCUAAUCUCGAUGAUUCUGGAACUUAUCUACCUGCAAUACUAUGAAACCGCAUGUGCGCCAGUCACUUCUGAAUGAUUUUUGUUUGCUUCAGGAUGUUAACUAGCGCACAUUUUUUUUUUCGCAUCAUUCAUUGUCCUUGGCUAUCAACGGUACCAAGUUUAAGCUUGCUGAUCGGGACCACAUAAUCCAUUUCAUUAUCACUUGACUGUGAGUUCCGACAAUAAAUACUCUACAGCAUAAGAAAAGUAAACCUUGGGCCGGUUUAACGAAGACAACAACGAUAAAUUUAGAUUUUUUUUUUUUUUUUUGUUAUAAAAAAAUAAAAUAAAACGCAUCGAGAAUAAUUCCGGCCUGCGAUGAUGAUAAGAAGUUUUAAGAAGAGAAUACGAGAAUGUAAAAAAUUAUAAGGGAAUAGAAAAAAAGGAGCUGAGUACAAGAUUGUAAAGAACUUAACUGGCUCGACAAUUUUUCCCAUCAACCGAGAUCGAGGUGUAAUUACUGUCGUUAGUCACGCAGCUUGCAGUGAGAGUUAAGAGGCUAAAGUAGAUCCAGGUAACAGCCUCACGUGUUAAAAAAAAAUAAUGAAAAAAAUCCCAAGGAGAAGACGAGUGAGAGGAAAAAAAAUAAUAAGUGUCUACAUGCAUGUUUAAUUAUGAUGGCCAAAAUAAAAAAAAAUAUAUCACUCGGUUAGUUUUGUUAUACAAGGUUUUUCAUCUGUUUUUUUUUUUUUUUUUUUUUUUUUAAUUCUGAGUAAAAAAAACCAUGACAAAAUAAUGAUUCAGAUUUUAUUUGAUUGUAUUAAGACUGCUGAGUAGACAACACAAAAAUUUUUAAACGUGGUUUAAUCUUCCAAAUAGUCGAAAAUAAAAAAAAAAUUCUGCGAUCUCGCGAUAGACUUGCAUACUCGCACAUCUCAAAAGAACAUAUAUAUCAAUUAAUGAAAACCCUAGUAAUUUUUAAAUAACAGGGAAAAGUUAAUUGUAUCUUAUAGUAUAAUGAAAAUUUAUAAAUGUAUCAAACAUGAUAAAUUGAGACAAAUCUCAGAAGGCGAAUAAGUAUGAGCAAAUGAACGUGUUUCACGAGGCCUGAGUAGUCUUAUUGUGAUAUUAAUCUACCACUGUCUUACUUAGAUCUCCGAUAAGAAUUAACAUUUAAUUAUAAUUUUUCUUUAAUUACUAACUAUAUUAUUUUAUUAGAUAUAUUUUUUUUUCGUACUGUCGUCAUCGCUAUCACUGUGUACGAAAGCAACAUUUACAGUUAUUAUAUGUCAAUAACUGUAUCAUUAUUGAAAAAGUUACUAGUAAAAGAAAAGUAAUCACCGUAAAAUUAAAUUAACAAAUGAUUUAAGUUUUAAUUGAGUUAAGCAUGCGCUCAUAUACUUUAUUUAGAGAAUGAAUAAAUAUAUAUAAUUAUAUUAUUAUUAUUUUUUUUUUUGCAAUUAUAAUGCCAUUUAAUAAUUUUUUUUUAUCUAAGCUCAGGAAUGAUAAAUAAAUUAUGAAUGCAAUUACGACCACUGCCUAAGUAACAUUCAUUUUAUAUAAAAAAAGAUAUAAAAUAAACCGAGGAAGAAAACUAAUUUUCGUUUAUUAGUUAUGAGUAAUCUCAUUAUUUGAAUAAUUUUUCAUUUACUCAAAUUGUCAAUUAAUACAUAAGUAUUACGUCCAGAUUAAACAAAUUAAUUGUAAAUCAUGAGCAUGAUUUUCGUGUUUGAUGUUUGAUUGUUUAAACUAUGUCUUAUAAAAAAUAACUUGCUAAAUUUUUAUUGUAAUUGUCAUAAUUAAUGUUCUGUAAUAAAUUAUAUUUGUUUAUUAACAAUGUCAUCUAUUUUGAAUGUAGAAUAUCUAAAAGAAAUGUGUGAAGACUGAAAAACUAUGUUGUCUGAAAUUGUAUAUUUUUGUCUCAAUCAUUUUAUUUUAUUUCAUAAAAGUGUUAUAAAAUUAACAUUAAAAGUAAAAAAAAAAAAUAAAAAUUGUAAACCGAAAUCUUAAGAAAAAUUAUAAUACAUCUUCUUACCCAAUUGUAAAAAACGUCUAAAGUAACUCUUCAUAAAAAUGUGUUUUUCUUUCUGCAUUGAUUUGCUGAUAAAAAAAAUCGUCAUAUUUGAGAUUAACUAUAACUUUUUGUGCGAAAGAUUACAAAAAUUACAUUAAAAUUAAACUAAUUGAAAUUUGAAAUUAGAAACGAAAAUGUCAGUUGUGGCAACAAGAUAACUGAAUUUUUUAAACUUUAGAUCAAAUGACUGAUCUAUUUGUAACGACUGAAAUAAAAUUAAUAUUUUAGCUUAAACGUAAUUUCAAAUAAUAAACAAUGUUGCUGACAUGUGUCGAGUGAUGGAUUGACAUCGAGCUAAUUGAAAAUAAAUUAAAAAAAUACUAAAAAAAUAUAAAUAAAUAAAAAUAACUACAUCUUUUCCUUACGGAAUCAUCUCGUUCUAGUUAUUACUAUUAUUAUUUUUAUUAUUAAUAUUAUUAUUAUACUUAUAGUUAACAUGUAUUUAAUUGAUAAGAAUUCGGAUUUUAAGAGACGUGUUUACAAUAAACGAAAUAUUAAACAAAAAAAAAAACAUAAAAAAAUUGUGUAUAAAAUAUCAAUAAAUAUUACUACCUUUACAUGCAGAUUGAUAAUUAGAAAGGAAAAAUAAUCACGGAAUGAAAAAUAAAAUGAAUAACUAGACAAUUAUACGUAGAUUUUAAAAUUAGACAUAUAGCAAAAAUGAAAAAAAAUAAAAAAUAAAAAAAAUUUUUUAAUAUCAAGGAAUUAAAUCAAUAAGCGGAAUCCUAAAUGAAGGGGGACGAUACUCUCGUAUAUUUACAGUUUAUGUGCGGGAUCAAAAUAUGUGUAUAAAUAAAAAGAAAAAAAAAACAAAAAAAAAUAAAUAAUGUAUCUACUUUAAACACUUACUGUCAAGAUAUCAAUACAAUCUUUACGUAUGCCUAUUCUAAUUCUAAUAACUAAUAUAACUCCUAACAAAAGAAUGAUAAUAACUGUAUGAAUUCUUUUUAAAUAAAUCUCUGUAGCGUGCAAUAUAUUGAUAGAUAAUACAUGAAAGAAAAUGGUUUAAAUAAAUUUAAAUAAUGUAAAUGGUAACAGAGAUUUUUUUAAAACAGCUGAGGUAUAAAAAACCUUGAAGACUAGUCCUUUUGGAUAACGAUGAUGAUAAUGAUAAUGUAUUAGACGCCUAUCUACCUAAUGUGCUUUAUAUACUCGUAACUCGUAACAAUUGAUAUAUUAAAAAUACUUCUGUACUGAAAACUAAAUUAUUAUAAUACUGAAUUAAAUAUAAUGAGAAUAUAUGCAUUAGUUAAUAAUUCACGUUUUAUGUACGUAUGUAAGUGUGGGUUAGUGAAAAUUAAUUUUAGAUAGUGAUAAUGAUAAUUGUAGACGUAUAACAAACUCUCCCUCUUUUUUUUUUUUUUUUUUUUUUCAUUUUUAUUAAUAAAAAUCGUAAUUAUUUUUUUGUAAACUUUUUUUACAAAAAUUCUUAAAUUUUUAACUAAAAUAACUUUAGUCUUAUGAAAAAAGAAAAAAAAAUUAAAUACAAUAUAAAGAAAGAAAUAACGGCGAUAGAAUUUGUUAGGACAAUCAAUUUCAAAUUUAGAAUUAUUAAUUAGAAUAAAUAUUUUAGUAAUUAAAUGUUUGAAAAUAUUAAUAAAAAAAAUAAUAAUAAAUGCUGCCUACCAGAGGGAGAGUUUAAAGUCAUGACUAUGGAUGGACAUAAUGUGACUCGUAUCAUCAUUGAAAAAUUGUGUAACAAUCGGCCUCAAAAACUUCUGGUGGUCCUAUAAUUAAUUGUGUGUCUCUUUUUACAGCUGUCAGAUGAGCUGUAAAUAAAUCAAAGGAAAAAAUAAAAAAUACAAGUUAAAGAAUUAAGCACUUCCAUUAAAUCAAGUGUCCGGUAAUCUGGUCGUGAUGUAGU